GACGCUUCGUGGCAGUGGGGCACACUUGCGCUGACUCCAUUCAGUGACUUCAUGUUGUUAAAUAUUCCCUCUCUACUUCAGUGCAUGUUUACGCUCUGGGAGAAGUAGCACAGUCCCCCAUCGACACUGGUGGUGUCGUUAUGGCAGCACUGGUCUGGUUUGGUUUGCAAUCGGACUUCGACCGAGAAUUGCGUUCGUCUGGAGCAUUUUGCAGCGGUGUGUGUUUUUGUGAACGGGGCUAAGCAUACAGGGACAUGGAAGUGUUAUCGGGCUGUUUAGUUGAACGAACCACACGGAGCGCUGCAGAGGGAGAGAGAGAGGUCGAGAGAGUGACAGAGUGAGUGUGUGUGUGAGCGAGAGAGAUAGAGAUAGAGAGAGAGGGGAGAGCGAGAGAACGGGGGAACUAGCAAGCAGCAGCAGCAGCAGCAGCAGCAGCUGCUACGAAGAGACACCAAAUGUGAUGCCUGAGGUCUGAGGAGCGGAGAUAAAGUCUGACGAAGAAAAAAGGACGAGCUGCCAACGGUGGAGAGGGAUCUGGACUAUGGUUCUGCUCAGUGGAAUGUAGCGCCUUGCUGCCCUCAAAGCACGAUUCAGAGACCUGCUGACCGGCACCUCAUGGUUUCUCUAUAGGGUGGUCUGGGGAGUCUGCUGCUACCAUGUUCAGGAACAGCUUGAAGAUGCUGCUGACAGGGGGCAAGGCCAACCGCAAGAGUCGGGGCAGUGAUGGUGGGACCGAGGACCCUGGAGACCCCCGCUCGCCUCUAGACCACCCGCUGAGCCACGCCGGCCAAGGUGGCAGUAUAGACAGUGACUGUGCCUUCGACGGAGACUACGGCGUGCCCCCCCUGUCCAUGACCGAGGGCAUGCAGCACAUCCGCAUCAUGGAGGGCGUGUCGCGCUCGCUGCCCUCCUCCCCCCUGCUGGCCCACCAGGCCGUCAACGUCCGCCUGCAGCCCGUGAAGAAGAUCACAGCCCCUCUGCGGAAAGCAAAGUUUGUGGAGAGCCCUCGAAUUCCUCAGUCAGAGCUUGGCUCCCCUACACACACCUCUACUACUGCCAAGAACCCUGAUCUGGACGCAUAUCGCCCUGGGGAGUCAGGUCCAGAACUGGGGCCCCCUCCAUCGGUGGAUGAGGCAGCCAACACAUUGAUGACGCGCCUGGGCUUCCUACUGGGAGACAAAGGCAGCGAGGGCCCAGCUGGUACCCAGUACAGCAUGGACGAGCCUGAGGACAGACAGGGCCACAACCAGAGGAUCAGUCCGUGCUCCACCCUGACCAGCAGCACCGCGUCUCCACCCGCAGGCAGCCCCUGCUCCACCCUGCCACCGAACAUGCCCGGACAGGCCGGUGCCUACGGCUCCGUCGCCAGCCCCACCUCCACCCUCGAGAGCCGGGACAGCGGCAUCAUCGCCACCCUCACCAGCUACUCUGAGAACGUCGAGCGCGGCGGCAAAUACGGCGGCGGCGGCGACGGUUGCCGCGGCAACAUGAAGCUGUGGCAGCCCCAGAAGUCGGGCAUGGACUCGCUGCUGUACCGCGUGGACGAGAACAUGACCGCCUCCACCUACAGCCUCAACAAGAUCCCCGAGCGCAGCCUGGAGAGCAUGUCCUCGCACUCGGCCCACUCCAUACCCCUCUACCUGAUGCCCCGCCCCAACUCUGUGGCCGGCGCUUCGCACCCUACCGGCCGGCGGACAUCGCCCUGAAGCCUCUGCUGUUCGAGGUGCCCAGCAUCACCAUGGACUCGGUGUUCACCGGCCGCGACUGGCUCUUCCAGGAGAUCGACGGCCAGCUCAACUCCGGCACCAGCUCGGGCGUGGUCGUCGUGGGCAACAUCGGCUUCGGAAAGACGGCCAUCGUUUCCCGCCUGGUGGCGCUCAGUUGCCACGGCACCCGCAUGCGGCAGAUCGCCUCGGACAGCCCCCAGGCCUCGCCCAAACACGGGGAGGGCCUGCCCCUGAGCCAGCCCCCACCCUCCCACGGCACCCUGGGGGGGGGCAGCUGUCCCGGGACCCCCGAGAUGAGGCGGCGCCAGGAAGAGGCCAUGAGGAGGCUGGCGUCUCAGGUGGUGGCCUACCACUACUGCCAGGCGGACAACGCCUACACCUGCCUGGUGCCCGAGUUCGUGCACAACGUGGCCGCGCUGCUGUGCCGCUCGCCGCACCUGGUGUCCUACCGGGAGCAGCUGCUGCGCGAACCCCACCUGCAGAGCAUGCUCAGCCUGCGCUCCUGCGUCCAGGACCCCCUGGCGUCCUUCCGCAGGGGGGUCCUCGAACCCCUCGAUGCACUUUACAAAGAGAGGAAGAUCAGCUCCGAGGAGGACCUCAUCAUCCUCAUCGACGGCCUCAACGAGGCGGAGUUCCACAAGCCCGACUACGGCGACACCAUCGUCUCCUUCCUCAGCAAAACCAUCACCAAGUUCCCCCCCUGGCUGAAGCUGGUGGUGACGGUCAGGACCACCCUGCAGGACAUCACCAAGCAGCUGCCGUUCCACCGCAUCUCUCUGGACGUGCUGGAGGAGAACGAUGCCAUGGACCAGGACCUGCAGGGUUACAUCCUGCACCGCAUCCACAGCAGCCCCGAGAUCCAGAACAACAUCUCGCUCAACGGCAAGAUGGACAACACCACCUUCGGCAAGCUCAGUGCCCACCUCAAGGCCCUGAGCCAGGGCUCGUACCUGUACCUCAAGCUCACCUUCGACCUCAUCGAGAAGGGAUACCUCGUCCUGAAGAGCUCCAGCUACAAGGUGGUGCCGGUGAACCUGGCGGAGGUGUACCUCCUGCAGUGCAACAUGCGCUUCCCCACGCAGACGUCCUUCGAGCGGGCUCUGCCGCUGCUCAACGUGGCCGUGGCGUCACUGCACCCGCUGACCGACGAGCAGAUCUACCAGGCCAUCAACGCCGGCUCGCUACAGGGCACUCUGGACUGGGAGGACUUUCAGCAACGCGUGGACAACCUGUCGGUGUUCCUGGUGAAGAGGAGGGACGGCACGCGCAUGUUCGUCCACCCCUCCUUCAGGGAGUGGCUGAUCUGGAGGGAGGAGGGCGAGAAGACCAAGUUCCUCUGUGACCCCAGGAGUGGACACACCCUGCUGGCCUUCUGGUUCUCCCGCCAGGAGAACAAACUCAACCGACAGCAGACCAUUGAGCUCGGCCAUCACAUCCUCAAAGCCCACAUCUUCAAGGGCCUGAGCAAGAAAGUGGGGGUUUCCUCAUCUAUUUUGCAAGGCCUGUGGGUGUCAUACAGCACAGAGGGCCUUUCAACCGCGCUGUCUUCGCUGCGGAACCUCUACACCCCCAACAUCAAGGUGAGCCGGCUGCUGAUGCUGGGCGGGGCCAACGUCAACUACCGCACGGAGGUGCUGAACAACGCGCCGGUGCUGUGCGUGCACGCCCACCUGGGCUACAUGGACAUGGUGGCGCUGCUGCUGGAGUUCGGCGCCGCGGUGGACGCGCUCUCCGAGAGCGGCCUCACGCCCCUGGGCUACGCCGCGUCCGGGGGCAACCUGGCCAUCGUCACGGCGCUCUGCCGCCGGAAGGCCACGGUGGACCACCUGGACAAAAACGGGCAGUGUGCCCUGGUGCACGCGGCUCUCAGGGGCCACAUGGACGUGGUGAAGUUCCUUAUCCAGUGUGACUGGGGCCAGGGUUCCCAGCAGCUGUCCCAGUCUCCCCAGCAGGCGGUCUUCACCAAGACCCACGCCGUGCAGCAGGCGCUGAUCGCCGCCGCCAGCAUGGGCUACACCGAGAUCGUCUCCUACCUUCUGGACCUUCCGGAGAAGGAUGAAGAGGAGGUGGAGCGGGCCCAGAUCAAUAACUUCGACACCCUGUGGGGAGAGACCGCCCUGACGGCGGCGGCGGGGCGGGGUAAGCUGGAGGUGUGCCGGCUGCUGCUGGAGCAGGGCGCGGCCGUGGCCCAGCCCAACCGCCGCGGCAUCGUGCCGCUGUUCAGCGCCGUCCGACAGGGGCACUGGCAGAUAGUGGACCUGUUGCUGAACCACGGAGCCGACGUCAACCUGGCCGAUAAGCAGGGGCGAACCCCGCUGAUGAUGGCUGCUUCAGAGGGCCACCUCGGCACGGUGCAGUUCCUGCUGGCUCAAGGAGCCUCCCUCUCCCUGACGGACAAGGAGGGUCUGACGGCCCUGAGCUGGGCGUGUCUGAAGGGUCACCUCCCGGUGGUGCGCUGCCUGGUGGAGAGCGGCGCCGCCUCGGACCACGCCGACAAGAACGGUCGCACCCCCCUGGACCUGGCCGCCUUCUACGGGGACUCGGAGGUGGUGCAGUUCCUCGUGGACCACGGGGCCAUGAUAGAGCACGUGGACUACAGCGGCAUGCGGCCCCUCGACCGCGCCGUGGGCUGCAGGAACACCUCGGUGGUGGUGGCCCUGCUCAAGAAAGGAGCCAAGAUAGGAUGUCAGACGCUGCCCAACCGGCCUCGAGGUCCGGCCACGUGGGCCAUGGCCACCUCCAAGCCCGACAUCAUGAUCAUCCUGCUCAGCAAGCUGGUGGAGGAGGGAGACGCCUUCUACAAGAAGGGGAAGGUGAAGGAGGCGGCUCAGCGCUACCAGUACGCCCUCAAGAAGUUCCCCCGUGAGGGCUUCAGCGAGGACCUCAAGGCCUUCAGGGAACUCAAAGUGUCUCUCUUCCUCAACCUGUCCCGAUGUCGCCGGAAAAUGAACGACUUUGGGAUGGCGGAGGAAUUUGCGACCAAGGCGCUGGAGCUGAAGCCCAAGUCGUACGAGGCGUACUACGCCCGGGCCCGCGCCAAGCGGAGCAGCAGACAGUUCCCUGAAGCUCUCGACGACCUCAACGAAGCCAUGAGGCACUGCCCCAACAACCGGGAGAUCCAGAGGCUGCUGCAGCGGGUGGAGGAGGAGUGCCGGCAGUUCGACCAGGAGGAGGAGGAGAUGGGCGGGCAGCCACAGCUGCAGCUGCAGCUCCAGCUCCAGCUGCAGCAGCAGCAGCAGCAGCUCCUGGAGCUGGAGCCUCCCCCCUCCCCUCCCCCCACGCCCCCCCCUGAGGAGCUGGGGGACGAGGAGUGCCUCUCCCUGUCCAUGCCCCUGCCCCCCCCGCCGGAGCCCCGGCUGGAGGACAUGGAGCCCGUGCAGGACCUGUUCGAGGACGACGACUACCUGGAGCAGGAGCUGGAGGCCAUGUCCCUGGGCCUGCCGCCGCCCGACUCCCACUCCAACACCUGCUCCAGCCUGCCCAUCAUCCACAGCCCGCCGCUGUCCCCCACGCACCCCGACCACGCCUACCUGUCCGGGGUGUCCCCCAUGGGGCAGCCGUACGAGUACCACCCCACCGCCUCCUCCAUGUCCUCGCCCACCCACUGCACCUACCAGUCCGCCUCGCCCUCCCUCUCGCCCACGCACCACAACUCCCACUACCGCCACAGCCCGCCGCACACCUCCCCGGUGCACCUGGCGUCCUACCGCUACAGCCCGCCGCUGGGGGGCGGCGGCCAGGGCAUGGAGCACCAGAGCCCGCCCCCCUCGCCGCUGCGCCGCUCGGCCCAGUACCGGGUGAGCCCGCCGGCCGAGGGCGUGUGCCUGUACCGCUCGCAGUCGGGCUCCCCCGUGCGCUACCAGACGGAGCAGCAGCCGCCCGGCCGGCCCAAGUCGCCGCUGUCCAAGCUCGCCAGCCAGCGCUCCUUCCAGCUCAGCUCGCAGCCCUCGCUGUCCUCCCAGCACCACCAGGCGCAGGGCCUGCGCCUGCAGCCCUCCAUCGCCCAGAUCGUGCGCACCAGCCAGCCCAACAGCGGCUACGUGGGCCAGAUGGGCCACAACAUGGGCAGCCGCUACCCGGGCGGCGGCGGCGGCGGCGGUGGCGGCGGCGAGAUGGAGAGCCGGCUGAUGUACCAGCCCUCCCUGGACGGGCGGCCCAUGGCGCAGGUGCAGGCCAGCCUGAGCGCCGGGGCCCUCUGUCAGCACGGGGGCCGAGGAGGGGUCAUGGAGCCCAACCUGUUGAAGGAAGAGCCGCCCCAGCGCCCCUCCUCUGCCUACCGCGCCAGCAGCGGGGGUCCCGGGGCCGCCCGCUACGGCCCCACGCCGCAGAUCAGCCGCAGCCAGUCGGCCGCCUACUACCCCGUGUCGGAGCACGUGCUGGAGCGCGCCAACGCCAUGCCCCAGUGCCAGCUGGAGUCCCCGGAGAUGGCGCACAUGGCGCGGCGGCCGGUCAGCGCCAACACGGCGGAGAUCAAGCCGCACGUGCCCACGCCCCGGCCCCUCAUCCACUCCCAGAGCGUGGGCCUGCGCUUCUCCCCGUCCAGCAACAACAUCGCCGCCGGCUCCACCUGCAACCUGGCGCCGGGCUUCCGGCCGUCCUCGUCCAUCCAGGGCAUGGAGAUCUCCCUGCAGGCCACGUACGAGCGCGGCUGCGACGACAUCUCGCCCAUCUCGCCCUCGCAGGGCGGCGGGGGGCUGUACCCGGGCGAGGCCACGCGCUCCCGCAACACGCCCUUCAUGGGCAUCAUCGACAAGACGGCGCGCACGCAGCAGCAGCAGUACCUGCACCAGCCCUCCCGGCCCUGGGCCAUGACGUCCAUGGACUCGGCCAUCAGCCCCACCUCGCCCGGCCAGCUGGUGCAGCAGGGCUCCACCUACAGCCCGCCCACCUCGCUGGGCAACAUCGCCUACUACAACAAGACCAACAACGCCCAGAACGGCCACCUGCUGGAGGAAGACUACUACUCCCAGUCGCAGCCGUCCUCGCUGGGCAAGCUGGCCAACGGGUCGCGUGGCGGCGGCGGCGGCAGCGGCGGCGGCGGGGACAUCCUGGAGCGCGUGAGCCAGGUGCCCACCUACCCGGACGUCAAGGUGGCCCGGACGCUGCCCGUGGCGCAGGCCUACCAGGACAACAUGUACCGCCAGCUCUCCCGGGACUCCCGGACCCAGGGCCCCAGCUCCCCCAUCAAACCAAAGAGACCCUUUGUGGAGUCCAACGUGUGACGGCCUCGUGUGCGUGUGUGUGUGUGUCGCCGGUGCGGGUCGGAGCGGACGGACGCACGGACGGGAGUGAGAGGAUCGCGAGCAAAAGAGAGGGAGAGAGGGAGAGAGAGGGAGAGGGAGAGAGAGGGAGAGAGAGGGAGAGAGAGGGAGGGCGUGGCUGCUGAACUCGGCGUAUGCGACUCGUCCGAAAAGAACUCACGACUUGAACUCAAAAGAGUAUACUAGAAAUAGAGUAAAUAGAGCAGUGUGGGCUUCUGAUCUCCCGCACGGAGAGAGAGAGGGGGGGGACGGGAGGGACGGGGGGAACAGCGGUCAGUAGGGGCCCGCACCGGGAAGCGACACACUUCAGAUAUAUCCCCACGACAACCACAACACGCCAUCGAUUCAUCAUCCUGCUCUGCACAGAAGCUCUCUAGGGUUACCAAGGAUGGUGGUCCCUUCUCUCCGAUCUCACGCUCAAUCAAAAAGACACGUGCACUUCCGGGAGGAAGUGUGGCACAAUGGGGAGGGCGCGGUUGGUGUGAGAUCCGAGAGGGGGACAGAACAGCGGGUCGGACCCGGUCAUCGUACUCGUGGAACUACGUACCCAUCUUCUGUUCUUUCACAGCGUGUGCUCGAAGAAGCCAGAGGUCGCAAGUAGGCACUAAUCUAUGUAAUACAAUAUUAUAUGUUCAAUACUGUACAUUGCCGCAGAAAAAGAUGACAAAAACAACUCGACAACUCAGUACUUAAUGGAAAAUAAAUGACAAUAUUUAUUAUUAAGUUAUAUAUUGUACAUAGAGAUACGAACCAAACCUAGUUUGCGUUUUUGAAUUGUAUUCUGUUGAGAACCAUGCCUUCGUGUCCCUUCACUAGUCACGCUGGGAAACGCUACCAGGGGGGGAGGGGGAGGGGGGGGACAUUGGCCAACUUCAAAAAGACAAGAAUUACCUCCAUUAUGUUUCCAACCUCUUCUUUUGUCGUCACGCAUCGCGCGAAAGUUCAAGUCAACAAUAGUUCCGCUCCCACGCUGUAGAUAGCCCUUCCCUGCGGACCGAGCUCCUGUGGGGUGGAGCUCCACAGACCUGACCUGAAACAUUAGAGAUCCACACACAAAACACAUAGUGACGCCGUGCCGUCCACCAAACGCUCAGCCCGCAGAUACAGAAGAACUGUGCAUGAACGGGUUUGGGCUAGAUUCGGGCUACGGUAUUGUUGAUGUUAAAAUGCUUCUCUUGCAUGUAUUAACAAAGAUACACCUAAACUACUGCACACAACAACGAAAACGGACUUUGGUGGCCAGAGUGGUCGUACUUUAUGGACAGCCCCCUCCUUACCCAUUUUGUUUUCUUUUUCUACAAUCUUACCAGGUCAGAUGUUUGAGGUUCAGUUUGUUGAGGCUCCACUGUAUAUCUUCAGUUGCGUGGGUGCACUCGCACGCGUGUGCGUGUGCGUGUGCGUGUGUGUGUGUGUGUGUGUGUCGCUGUAUUAUAACAGACCUCAUCCUAUGCCUUAGUGUGAACUUCAACUAACCGCCAUGGCGGCUGUCUCGUGGCAUCGUCUUGGCCCAGGCAGUGGGACCGGCUCGAAAUCAAUAAACCACUUUGGAAUUCUCGCUUCACUGUUUGCUUGUGAAGACGCCUAGGGCGGUAGUUUUGUACAAGCUCAUAGAAAAAUAGUUUUGCUAAAUUCUCAAAAGACAGUGUACUGUAUUCAACACUAUAAUAGGCCAUUCGUGCAAUACAUUGAUUUGUUGUUUGAUUUUUGUUUAGAGGGAUUCUGUUUUUUCCUUUACUAUACAGACUCAAUGAUAAAAUAGCAAAUGUACCGGUGCUCAUAGCCGAUGAGUGUCGUAAACUACUUAAAAGGAACAUGCGUGGGAACCGCUUGACGGGAUGUGGAGAAACGCAAGGCUUCUAAACAACACUGAUACAAGCACACACAUUGUGUGCACCCGAAUCCGUUGGGACAUUUUCUUCUUCUGCAUUAUCGGAUGCCUUUUCUUUCCAUUUACCCAUGCUACACCUUUAUUGUUCUGCCAUUUCUGCACUAAAACGCCUGGGAUGUUCUAAAACUGAGGGUGCACUUUAUGUAUUUAAUUUACUGUUCUGAUGUGGGGGGGAAGAGUGCCUGGUUGGUCUAUACGUGGACUCCCUGACUGCUCACUGAGCGGGCCUAGGCACGACUAUGUUUCAUAAUGCCAAGUGACGGGAAGGGAGAGCAGGAACUUUUCAAUGAGAAUCUUGUACAGACUUUCUUAGCAUACAUUAUAUCUGCUGUAUGAAUGUCUCCACUGGGUAGGGUUGAGGUUACGCUUUCGACAUUAUGCUCAGAUAAUCCACCACUGGGCUAAUUCAUCUGCCGGAAACAGGAAAGCCAUUUUUAAUCAACUGGUUUCAUGCACAAAGCAAAUAUCUGCCACUGUGCUGAUAUUUUUUAUAUUUGUGCUGUCAAUGCAACCAAAUUAAUUAAAUCUGGUCACAUCUGCUAUAUAUUUAUAUUUAGUUUGGUUAUUGAGGAUUGAGGCUGUUUUGGUUGGAUGUCACUCACAGAUGAAUGCAGGUUUUCUUUUUUGUUGAUCAUAUAGAAAAUAGAAAAGAUUUUGAAUGGCUGCCCACUAGUUAUUUAAUUCGGGUCUGCCUCAUAACGUUUCUUCCCUCAAUAGCGUGUUCUGCCAUGUGAGAGAGAGAUGUCCGACAGAUCAGACCGGAGGAAAAGGUGCGACUGUAUAAUACUUAAUUUGAACAGAAGAACUUUUGGGGGGCGUAUGGUUUCAACAUGUGGAUGUAUAUUAGUUUGAUGUAAAUAGUCCAAUGCAUGUUCGAUUCUUUCCAUGAGCUCCAGCAGAAAUAUGUAAAGCAGUGUCCUGAUUCUGGUGUGUGAGUGUGCGAUAUAUACUGUCUGGAUUUGGGAAUAAAAUAAGGAAACUCUCCCUGAAUCAUUUUCUUCAACUGUGCCAGACGACGGCAAAACUCCAGAGUCAUUUAUUUUAAUUUAAUGUAUUCGCUUGCUGAGCAGAGUUCUAUUUGUGUGUAAAUGUGAGCUUUCAGAUCGCUGUGAUUAAACGAUACAAAAGUAUGACUAAAAACAAUAAAAAGAAUGUGUUUUUAUCUCAUGAUAAAUGAUUGUAAUCUGUACAGUCAACACACAGUAUGUACUGGAACAAAAAGAAACAUUUAUAAAUGCUUACCAACUGUCA